AUGGCUGGCAUGUGUUGUGGUGUUAAUGUAGCUGAAACUGAAGCUGCUACACCAGUUGAAACAAGUUUAGAAGCUGCAAGAAGACGCAGAAUGGAAAUUCAUCAGUUUCGUUUUGUUCCUGCACCUACUGAUACAUCAGUAGCUGUGCAGGAAAAUGGUCGAAAAAGGCAAAGGGCUGAGAAAGGUGUUACUACUACUGAAAUGAAGAGACAGAAAUUGGAAUCUACUGUAACUAUUUCGCUGUCGACGUCUCCAGUAGUAGUAUCAGAUGAGAAGGAAGUAGUACCGGAUCUGUCGGAAUCUGGUACUACUCAAUUGGGUUAUAUGGAGAACGAGGUUGUUUCUGAUGAUUUACCUAAGUUUGGUAUGACUUCUGUGUGUGGAAGAAGAAGAGAUAUGGAAGAUACAGUUGCUAUUCAUCCUUCUUUUACCAAGGAGAAUAGUGAAACCUCAAGGAAUUUGCAUUUUUAUGGCGUAUAUGAUGGGCAUGGAUGUUCACAUGUUGCUAUGAAGUGUAAAGAUCGAAUGCACGAAAUAGUGAAGGAUGAAGUGGAGAAGGGGGGAAUUGAUUGGAAAGAAGCAAUGAUUCAGAGCUUUUCAUUAAUGGAUAAAGAAGUUGUAGACUUCUCUAGUGGAUCUGGUUCCUCGUCUGUAUCAGCUUCAAAUUGUAGGUGUGAGCUUCAAACUCCACAGUGCGACGCAGUUGGAUCAACUGCUGUUGUUGCAGUGGUCACGCCAGACAAAAUCAUCGUCUCCAAUUGCGGUGAUUCUCGUGCUGUGCUAUGUAGAAAUGGAGUUGCUAUCCCCCUUUCCGUCGAUCAUAAGCCGGAUCGACCUGAUGAAUUGAAUCGAAUUCAAGAGGCCGGUGGUCGUGUUAUAUACUGGGACGGAGCAAGAGUUCUUGGAGUUUUGGCAAUGUCUCGAGCUAUUGGCGACAAUUAUCUGAAGCCAUAUGUGAUAUCAGAACCAGAAGUUACCAUAACUGAUCGAACUGCGGAAGACGAAUGUCUUAUUUUAGCAAGUGAUGGAUUAUGGGACGUUGUAUCAAACGAGACAGCCUGUGGCGUGGCUCGUAUGUGCUUGCAAUCAAGUCGACCAUCAUCACCAGCGAGCUCACCUGAAAAUGACAUUACAGUCACCAGUGCCGGUGAAAGCUCCGACGUGGCUUGUUCAGAUGCUUCCAUUCUAUUAACCAAAUUGGCCUUGGCUCGACGGAGUACUGAUAAUGUUAGUGUCGUCGUGGUUGAUUUGAGAAAGCUAUAA